GCCUUGUCUCUUUCACUCUUUGUACUUUGUGCUGUUCACAAUAUACCCACUUUUCACUUUUCCACUACACUAUACACCCACGAAAGAAACAAACCCAGCGUAAUCCCACAGAGCAAGUCAUACCCUGCGCGGAGGGGUGUCACAGAGUCCCAGACUAGGGUGAUACGAUAGAUGAGAUUCCACUAUGGAGAAUACUCUGAAUACAAUCAGGAACAAGAUUGUCAGCGACAAAGUCAGGGAGCGGCAAGAAGGGAUUCGCAUUUUGCAGGAGGCUUUUCAACGGAACAGUGUCAUUCUCGCGGUUGAUCAGGAUGGUAAAGGAGGAGGCUGGUUGGUGCUUUUCCAAGCCCUCUUCAGCGCAUUUGCGAAGGAGCAUAAGGCGUGUCUCAAAGCUGGAAAGGACCACCCAGUCGAUUCAUUCACGGGAAAUGGUGUAGCUCUUCGCAGACUUUGCGAAGUGGUCUCGGCGUUGCGCUUUCUCGUGGAACGCGGUGUACAUCGAAUGAACACAAGGGUCGUAAGUGCCCUCCUCGAACAUCUGGUUAGACAUGUCCAGUACCGAGGACAUACAACCGCAGUGACACUCGAUUAUGCGAAAGCUAUCAAGUGUCUCCUCAAGUGGAAACCUCAUCUUCAACAUCUAACUGAUGAGAAUUGGGUGACUCUCACGACCUUAAGCUUUAACAUCAUUCUUGGCGACCGGAUUCAUGCACCUCUUGUCCAGGAGACGACGGAUUCGAGAUCUCAAGGUAGUCGGGGCGACACGCCGGACACACAGACAGUAGCCUCUGAGGUAUUAUCACAGGCUGACGAGGAUGAUCCCAUGGAUGGUUCUCCUGUUACAGGCAAACGUCGUCGUGUUGAGCAAAGUACUCCACGGCCUGCAGAGAUGCCUGGUCCGUCAAGAAAUACGGACAUACAGAUGCUGCCUGUUACGUUGGACCGGAUUGAGUUCAUGUCUAUACUUGCAGUUCUCCUGGGCUCCAGAACAUCCCCACUCGUACUAAAGGAAGAAGAGAUGCCGAACUUAUGCGCAGCUAUCUUGGAUCGUCUAGUCCGUUUUCUACACCUUUUCCAGCCCGACUCCUCUCUUCAUUAUGACUAUCUCCGAGCCUUGAAUGCUGUUUUGUCGCAUCUCGCGCUCAAUGAGCGUACGCUCGUUAUUUCUUUCGCUAGAGAAGCAUGGCCCGGCUUGCUCAAACUAUGGAGUACCAAGAAUCAGAACCUGAAAGAGCAUCUUGUCAUCGUUCUCCGGACUCUGUUCCCAUACUUCACAGCAGACCUGGAUGAAAGUCAUGCAGUUCAGGUCAAACUCUAUGAAGGUAUCAACACCCUUUUCCGCAUCCUUUGCCGGGAGGCAGAGAGGCGGGGAGCGGAAGGCCUUUCAAUGGAAUCUUUGCGUCUAGAGAGCAUUCCAUUAGAAAACAAGAAAGACAAGUCGGGCGCAUUUAUUGCCAACACAUUUCGUUAUGGCUGGCAUUUUGAUGCAAAUCAAGCGAUGCUGUGGGCGAUCUUCGAACUGCAGGCAGACUGUGCUCAACAACUGUACAAGAUGUCGGAAUCUAUGCAUGCGACACCUAUGAACGAAAGUUUUGGCAAACGUCAGAAGUGGAUUAAUCCCAUCAACACCCUCCUCGAGUCCAUUGGCAUCCAUACCCCAAACAAUGUUCGCGUAUUCUAUCUCCAAUCAAUACUAUUCUUUACCGAUCGCCAUUGGCGCAUCUUGCAUGCAGGCCUUCAGAAGCAGGUCGCUGAUUCGUUGCAAACUUGCCUUGGUGUAGAAGAUCCCUUAACCCAGUCAUGGACGGUCUUAUGCCUUGGUGCUAUCGCCCAUGCGCAAGCAUUGAGUCUCGCCACGAUAGAUGUGCCAUUGUCCCCUUCUCAGAUAUCUUCACACGACUACACUAUUCCUUGGGACUACAUCUGGCAACAAGUCAUGCGCCGGACUACAGCCACGGCUAUUUCAAGGGCGGCCUGCCACGCAGCCAAUAUCCUGCUUCUGCACUCCAAAUCACUGUUGAACUCACACAAGGUGCUUACCGAGUUGGAGACCUUAUCCAAAGACCUUGCCAUCCAGGGACCAUCGUAUCCCUGUGACUCUGCUUGUUCUUUUCUAGUCUCGUGCAUGCGAGUAGCAAGCCAUGACGUUCGACUGUACCGCUUGCAACUGGAGGAGAAGGUGCUAACAUGGUUCAUGGAUAGUUGGAGACCAGGUGGCUUGAGCAAAUCACGAAUGGCUCCUUAUGUCGUCGACGACAUACUUGCACUGUUGGGCAGCAUUUGCGGUAUCUCCAACAGAGCUGAGGUAUUGUCCCUCCAACAGCUGCCUAAGACCCCCAUCGUGGAUGCCAUGGUCGUCGAACAAGGUAAUGCGGUUAUUCAAGACUUUCAAUUACAUGCGAGACUGCCUCCAUAUUGUACAUCGAAAGAUCCACAUAGCAGCCUGAAUAAAUCGAAACCAGCUCCAUCGCAAUCGCAUCUGGCGUCUAGCAACUCAGAAAGCAGCUUUCGAGAGCUAGUUGAGCCUGGACGACGAGAACGGCGCAUUUCCGGGUACUUCCUCAAAUCGCUCGAGGAGCUUUCGUCGAAUUGGGACAGCAAUAAGGAUUCUUCUGCCCAAUUCCCGGCGGAGAAAACACGCACAUACCUUGAUCUUGCCGUUACCGCCCUUUGUUACGAAGGUAGUCUCAUGCACGGGGGCACGCAGAUCAAUAGGCGCGUCUUACAGGCUGCGUGCAAGCUGAUGACACUCGUCACACCGACACUGGAAGGUAGACGAUGGUCGCACGCUGAGCAGGGUCUCAUUCUUGGAUCUCUGGAGCCAUUAGUUCUCGGUGAUCCACCCAGGGACCUUGUCACCCCUUGGGAAACGUUAUUGCCGCCCGGUCCAGGGACUGGAAUCCGGUUUGAGAUGCUUCAAACUGCUCGUUCUCCUUCCCGUGAGAUCAAGUCUCGGCUUGAGCAUACUGCAAGGAGAGGCCUGCAACGUGCAAUCAUGCAGAGUGCUGAUGUUCAAGAUGCUAUAGCGGUAGUCCUCAAGUCACUUCGUAUUGUUUUGCGCAAAGCACUCAACCCAGCCACGCACACCAGGGACAAGGACCUCAGUACUGACGAUUUUGGUCAAACCAAAACGUCGACCGAGGUAGACCCUGUUGUCGAUGACAGCAUUGCUUAUUCAGAAACGCGACCCUCUGUGGACGUAUGCGUCACUGCCUUGGCAGUGCUCCCAGCAAUGCAGUCUGCAUGUGAACCAACUCGCGACAAAGAAUUGGUGCAAUUGGUGGAAGAUUGUCCUGGUUUCAUUCUCCCCUUACUUACCCCUGCCUUCCUCCAAAAUGUUCGCGAAAAGACUUUAUCAAUCAAACCGACAACCGUAACGGUCAUUUUGGAAACAAUUGGAUCGUUAUUGGGAGGCUACCAUCAUUCCCACAGUGACUUAUUGCACUACCUCCUUCUGGACGUGCUUGACGCUACCAUGCACAUAUGGGUGCAGCCCGGCGCGGAUGCAGAACUUCAGGAUCACAUUAUACCUCUGCUUGAAUGGCAGAACAACCUCUACCUGAAAGGGAAAAUGCGAUCCUGGAGAUGUCGCGAUCGCUUUGUGCAAUUCUUGGAUCACUUCAUGCACGAAGACUCACUCCAAAAAGCGUGGCCAGAGACGGACAUUGUACCCACACAGCUGAUGUAUCCCAUGGUCAACGACAACGAUAUUCGCGUCAGGUUUCGGACAUCUGCCUCUAUUCCACGUUGCUUCAUGUUGCCGAGACUGGAGCAACGGGAUCCCUUAGAGGUCUAUAAUGAAAUCCGUAAACAUGUUUGCAAGGAACUCAGCGAAUACGAAGGAAUGCUCACUCGGCUCCUAUUUCUUGGUAAUAUGAUGAUCGUUAGCUCCGCGGUCAGGCGUGGUGCUUAUUGGCACUUUCUGGAGACAAGCCUUAACACUCCUACCUAUAACAGGCACAUGGAAACCAUCCUGGAGGGAUUGGCAAUUCGAUUUGGUCUCCGAAGCUUCUCGCAACUUUUCGAGAUUUAUGCAUCCCAGAUCGCUUAUUCCAUCCGUCAGAAUGCAUAUGACUUUCUUCGAUUACCUCCUCACCUCAUUGGAUAUCGCGACAGGCGCGAGUGUGCUGAGGCGUGCUUCCAUGCUUUCACUCCCACCAAUGUUUUGGCUGGAGGGACUUCCGAAGCCAGGACUCAUGGUCGAAAUCUCUUCGAGCGUCACUGUCAUUUUGUAUCGAAGUCUACUGCUGAAGGCGUCCGCGAAUGCUUUGCCGAAAUUGUGGGGUACCAGGUUGUAUCGUGGGCCGAAGAUCAUCAAGGAGUAGCCAACUUCAAUGGAGAUAUACUAUUGCAACAAUUGCGCCUCACGACAAAAGAGAUUGGAACCGAAGGAAGCAACGGGGAUGACUUGUUUUUGCAGUAUCUCUCCCAAUACGCCGAUGGAAUCGUGGCGACCGUUCUCAGGACUCUCGGUGACCAGGAUUUUUCCCCUAAUGGCCAGAUCGUAGCUGCUCUGGAGUCUGAAGGACAGCACGGAGUCACCCGUAGUUUCUUAGCCAUGUCGAAGUAUCGGCGGUCACAGGAGUUUCCAGUACACGAGCCCAAUCUUCCCGUCUUCUACACCUCUACCGUCAUUGGCGCUUUGACUUGGUUCACUACGUGUAUCCCAGAAGUUGAUAGAUCGGCUACGACGUACCACGUCCUCCAUCAACUCUUUGCCGACCUGAAUCGCUCACCUUUGAUCAACGAGCAGCUUCGACUUUACAACGCCAUUGCCGUCUGGCUGGCAUUGCAUCGGAAUCAUGUCGGAGACGUUGAUGUACUCCGGACCGUGGUCAAUGGUGCAACAACCAUGCUGAUGCACAGUGAUAGUGCAAGGGCCGCUCAGUCCCUCCUAGAAUGGACAUUCUCUCUCCUUGGAGCCUCCAAUAUCGACACCGGUGCCCAUCUUGCCGAGACCCUCAUACGUAUCAGCUGCACUGCAUAUGACUACUCCAUUCAUGAAGAUAUCCGUGCCGCCUCCAUGGGUCAUGAAUUGAUGGACUGGAUCGAGUCGCAGUCGUACAAGUUGUCCCAGCACCAGAACCUCAAGCGACAGGUCUUGAAGGCACUGUCAACUUGGCCAAGAGAACUACCCGACUACCUGAAGGCCACCUGGGAUAAGAAUUCCCGUCCUGAUGUUUCGCAACUUCUCGGUGAUCGACGCAUUGUUUCCAACAAGUUCAGAGUUGUUCGGCGAUUACGUGAACUCACGCUGGAAGGUGCAUAUGAUGAUGCUCAGUUCUCCAAGUCCGACUUUUGGAGGCUCAAGGAAUGCAUUCCCGCACUCGAACAAAUACUCGACAGCGAUGUCGACGCCUUCUGCGAAUUGUUAGUUCUCCAAAGAGGUCACAUCGAUGGACUCGGCAAUGACCAAUCUGCUUUCGAAUCCGUCCGAACACGGCAUAUGGUCGAAUUCAGCAAAGAGAACAAGGGUCGAAGCCAACGCUCUUUGGGGCUUUCUUCUGCAAGAAGGGCUGUAAUACUCUCUUUAGUCUCCAUCUUGGAUGAGCCCUCUACUACCCGUGUCUACGAAGCCUACGUUACCCUGAAAUCUUUUGUGUCCCAGCCCUCAUUGCAUGGAAGCAGCGAUCCCAAUCAACCGGACAUUUUCAGGCAGUUCCCCAGACCAGCUUCAUCAAGACCACCGCCGGACAUUACAAACCUUCUGACAGACGAUUCAUAUCUUGAUAUGAGUACCGAUUUUCGUCGAUGGAUUCUUUGUCUGGCUCUGCUGCUCAACGACCUUCUCGGGGCUGUCGACCCUCUUUACUAUUCACUUGCUUCCAUUCUGCAAGUUGAUGCAGGGUUCGCCGAAGAGGUCACGCCCGUACUUGUGCAUUGUGCACUAGUAGUAGAACGCUCCGGUCGUCAUGCCAGCGGAGUUUCUACAGUCGCCGACACGUUAUCCACGUACUUCACGAAGGUUUUAUGUUCCGAUUUUGCAAGUGUUACCUGCCGAAGGGUCAUUGUGGAUAUUGUUCUGCAUCUACGCCAUUUUUCCCCCGAGGACACUAAGGACUGCUCAGCUUAUGACAAGUGGCUAAGUAUUGAUUACGUCUUGCUGAGUAAAAAUGCUCUGCUAUGUGGUGCAUUUACCACGGCUCUGCUCUUUAUUGAGCUUGCUGCAGAGUAUGCCUCCGUAUUCUCACUGGAGGCUCCCGAGAUAGAAGACAUCAUGCACGAUAUUUAUACCCACAUCGACGAACCCGACGGUUUCUAUGGCAUCAGGACAAACAAUCUCAGCCAGUUCUUGAUCAAGAGAUUUCAUCAUGAACAACAAUGGGACAAGGCCUUCCAAUUUCACGGAGCUGGUCUCGAAGCAGGAUCUUCCACAACAGCGGAUGCUGAAGGUGUACUUCAGGCUCUCCAUUCAUUUGGUUUUAAUAAUCUUGCCAUCCAGGCUUUGCAUAGCCGUUCAGGAUCGAAUGAGGGGCCCAAGUCUAGUGCGAUGGCGUACCGUCUUGGAUGGCGGACGGAUACCUGGGACCUGCCGGAAACCACAGAGUAUCGCGACCCUGGUGUUGCUCUCUAUGUGGCCCUACGUGCUGUCGAUCGAGAGCGCGAUACAAGAAUUUCCGACUCCGUCGUCCGUACAGCCCUGCGCGAACAAAUGGACCAUCUUCGCAACUUAGGAGAUGAAAAUCUCACGGAGAUUCGGCAAGUCUCUCAGAGCCUGAUGUGCUUGAACCAGGUGAUACGGUGGAGAAGCGAUGAUUUUCAACGCAGUCUACUGUCCAAAAGUGUUUCCGGCACUCAUUGGAAACUUUUCUGUCAAAUCGACCCCGACUUUGAGUUUUUGGACCUGGAAGCAAUCUUGGCAACUCGUACCUCCUUAUUGCGUUUCGUGAGGAGACGAGAACAGGGGGAGCAAAUUGGAGUCACGGUCACUCCAUUCUGUCAAGGCAUUCAAGAUUUAGAGACUCAGUGCCUUUUGCGCCUGUCCGAAGCAGCGCGCCAAGGCGAGCAGGCACAAAUCGCGCUGAAUUCUGUGACACUCGCACAACGGUUACAGUCUCGUCUGCAUUUCGAAGUAUCACAAGAAUACGCUCAAGUGCUUUGGCUCAAAAAGGAACCCAAAUAUGCAGUCCAGUACUUGCGGAGUCUACUUUUGGACAUGAAUCAGAAAGCAGAUGCGCCUCACCAGAACCAGGACGUGCCGAAGGCAACUCUGUUGACAACUCUAGGGACCUGGACGUCAGAGGCCUGCUUAGAAAAGCCAGCACAUGUGAUGACUCAAUAUUUCAGUCCUGCUGCAAGUAUAAUGGAUUCCCAGUCGGUUCCUAACAUAUCGGUAGCAGUGUACUAUCAAUUUGCUAUCUUCGCAGAUAGGCAGUACCAUGCGAUGGCGCGAUCCCCAGAUGCCAUGCGACUGAAAUUAUACCUGGACAGGAAGAAACUGGAGGUUGAGCAACGGAAAAAGACUCGUGAUGGCUACGCACAAGGAAGUGAGGGAUUCAAAAUAGCAGAUCACAGCCUUCAAAGGGCUGAGAAAGUGCUACAAGAAGACAGACGUCGGUAUGAAGAGCAUAUCCAGGCACGAGACGCUUUCCUUAUGCAAGCUGUGGCCAUGUACUCCCGCUCGCUGGAGUUAUCAGACCAGUUCGAUGACGACUCCGCUAUACGGCUGUGUUCUUUAUGGUUCGCCAAUUUCAGCUACGACGCGGCACAUUUCCAGUCGAAACUCGCAAUCGCACUAGGACGUGUAGCGUCAAGGAAGUUUGUAUUUCUUGCCCAUCAGCUCACAGCACGCCUGUCCACAACCGAUUCUUCAUCUCGGGAACCUGGUCAGGAUGUACUACAAACUCUUGUAAAACGCAUGUGUCGCGAACAUCCGUUUCACAGUUUGUAUCAAGUUUUCUGUCUAGGAUCAGAUCGCAAAGCACAGUCCGGUUCAUCGUCGGAUAUUUCCCGUCGACGAUCAAGUCGACAAAUACCUAUGUCUUCGCAAGCUGAUCGUGCAGACGCCGCGGUGGCGAUUUUCGACCAACUUCGGUCGGACUCUACUUUCAGGAGCCGGCUUUGCGACGUGGAGAAACUCUGCAAUGCGUCUCUCAAAUUUGCGACCUACGAGCUCAAAAAACUUCUUAAGGGCAAGACACCAACAGGCCCGCUUCUAAUCCCUGCCGAUCAAGCGCUCCUCGGAAUCAAAGAUCUUCGAGUACCUGUCAUGACGGCUCAUGUACCGAUUGACAUCACUGCGCGAUAUGACAAUUGUGUUUGGAUACACAAGUAUGAGCGUAAAUAUGUCACAGCGGGAGGUCUUAACUUGCCGAAGAUUGCUGUUUGUGUUGGGAGCGACGGCAGGAGAUAUAAGCAACUGUUUAAGGGCGAAGGAGGUGACGACCUCCGACAGGAUGCAGUCAUGGAGCAAGUCUUCGAUCUUGUGAAUGUUGUCCUACGACGUGACAGAGAGACGCGAAAGCGGCAUCUUCAUGUUCGAGGCUACAAAGUGAUCCCGUUAGCAUCUCAGGCCGGCGUGCUGGAGUUCGUGAGCUCCACCAUCCCUCUAAUAGGCUGGCUUGAAGAGGCCCAUCACAGAUAUCAUCCCCAAGAGCCAGGCAGAAGGGAGUUCCAUGAAAUAGAGAAGGUACGACAACAGGGCAAAGUUGCACCCCUGAGGGAAUUGUUCGGGAAGCUUUGGGGGCAAGUCAAGCCAGUAAUGAGGCAUUAUUUCACGGAAAGGCACAAGACACCUAUGUCAUGGUUCCGCUUACGGCUGAACUACGCUCGCAGUGUGGCUACCACAUCGAUCGUCGGACACAUCCUUGGUUUAGGCGACCGACAUACUUCUAACAUUCUGCUUGACAAUGAAUCGGGAGAGGUUGUUCACAUCGACUUAGGCAUUGCAUUUGACCAGGGAAAGCUCCUGCCUGUUCCCGAGAAAGUCCCUUUCAGGCUCACACGCGAUAUGAUCGACGGUCUCGGGGUGACUGACACUCAAGGCGUAUUUCAACGUUGCGCAGAGGAAACACUACGAGUACUGCGAGACGGAUCUGAAGUCAUCUUGACGGUCUUAGAGGUGUUCAAGUACGAUCCAUUGCAUUCCUGGACUGCAAGUGAAUUGAAAGUCAAACGGGCCCAAUCUGGGGAGACCGUGGCCGCGCCGUUGACAGGAGAAGCCACCCGUCAUGCAAUCGGUCUUGACAUGGCAAGCGGGAUAGCUGACGAGGCUGCAGAUCGUGCCGUCACGUCUGUGAGCCGUAAGCUCGAUAAGACGUUAACCGUCGAAUUCACGGUCAACGAGCUAAUCUCGGAGGCGACGGAUAUUGACAACUUGGCAGAUAUGUUCCAUGGCUGGCAAGCAUUGUGGUAGCGCGUGGCGAACUACUCUUUAAUGCCACAUACUGCUAAUUCGAACACUGGGAAGAACGUCUUUGCAAUGCUAAUUUAUUAUCUGCAAUUGCUCUAUUAUAUAGACUCUGUAAUACCAGCUUUGCAUGCUUUGUUAAUGUUUCAAUGUAUAUCAUCAUCCACCAGAUGCAAUGGCAACCACCUACGAUUCCACCGAAGCUACGAAAACGAAAAGAGAAAAACGGGCGAAAAUCGA